UGGGAGCAUAUUGGAGAUCUGAUGAGGCUUCGAUCACAAAGAAUGUGGAUUAAGAUCUGUAGGCUGAGAGAGGGGAAUGUGGACUCGGGUAGUAAGCAGGAAAAGCUGCUCUCGCUGAGCGGGUGGAUUCCCACGGUUUCAUUUCCUACCUGCUCGAGUUUUUUGCGGGGGGGGUUUGUUUUUUUAAAAUCGGGAAGUGUUUUUGACCUCAGGCGCUGAACAUUCAACGAGGCUUCCUCGUCUGCUCCUCCCGCGGACCCCUGCGUAGAUACUUGGUGGAAAGAUGGAUGAGCACUUACCAGAACAGCAGAGUACUCCAAGGAUGGUCAACUUAUCAAAGACUGAUAAUGAAUCUUCCAAUUUACCAAGUGUUGAAGAAGCUGACAAAAAGUAUGAAAGUCAGGAUGGUCUACAUAUUGCAGACACUGGAUGUGAAGAAAGCACUUUAAGCAUAGAAAAUAAAGAAUUAAUGCUGGAUCCCACUUUACCAUCUAUUGAUCUAAGUGAGGAUGGAGAUGAAAUUGAAGCACAACCUGCUCCAGAUUUUAAUGGAGACUGCUGUGAGUUAAAAAUAAAAGAAUCCAAGGAAGCAGAUUGCUUGUCCACUGGGGACAGCGAACAACAGGUUUUGAAAACUGAGGACAAAAAUCAAUCCUUGACGGACCUAUUUCAAAAUCAUGUAAAAAGGCCUUAUGAAGUCUCUUCAGAGAGCCCAUAUGAUACGGAUUACACUAAGAACCUUAUCUCAAAUCUAGAGAAUGCUUCCUCUCAGGAGGCUUUGCUAGAAGAAAUCGAGUCUGAGCUCCUGUCAACAGAUUUGUUGAAAAAUCCUGUGCUUUCAAAUGGAAUGUGCAAUACCAAGGCUACAUUGGCUGUAUUUGAAAAAUGCAUUCAAGAUAAAUAUCUACAGCAAGAGCACACAAUAAAGAAAUUGAUUAAAGAAAACAAAAAGCAUCAGGAACUAAUUUUGGACAUUUGUUCAGAAAAGGACAACUUAAAGGAUGAACUGAAGAAGAGAACAGAAACUGAAAAGCAACAUCUCAAUAUAAUUAGACAGCUGGAAAUCAGAAUAGAAGACCUUCAAAAAGAAGCUAAAGCAGUUAAAGAUAAACUUAUAUCCCAGGAUGCUGCUGCAAAAAAUGCUGUACAGCAACUGCACAAAGAGAUGGCCCUUCGUACAGAUCAGGCAAACAAGAAAUGUGAAGAAGCCCGUCAAGAAAAGGAAGCUAUGGUCAUGAAGUAUGUUAGAGGAGAAAAGGAGUCGUUAGAUCUCAGAAAGGAAAAGGAGAUUCUUGAAAGAAAACUGAGAGAUGCAAAUAAAGAUAUUGAAAAGCAUACUAACAAAAUCAAGCAGCUUUCCCAGGAAAAAGCAAGAUUGCACCAACUCUUUGAAAGCAAGGAAAAUGAAACCACCAGAAUGUCCCGAGAAAUUGAAAAAUUAAAAGAAGAAGUCAACUCUUAUGUGAUCAAAGUAAAAUGGGCUCAAAACAAAUUAAAGGCUGAGGUGGAUUUACACAAGGAGACCAAAGAUCGCCUUAAAGAGGCAGCAACGAAGUUGACUCAAGCAAAGGAGGAAGCUGACCAGAUACGAAAGAAUUGCCAAGAAAUAAUAAAAACAUAUCAGGAGUCUGAAGAAAUUAAAUCCAAUGAAUUGGACAUAAAACUCCGACUUACCAAAGGAGAACUGGAGAAACAUUUGCAGGAGAGGUCUGAUCACCUAGAGGUCCAUCAUGCCAAGAUAAAAGAACUUGAAGAUGUGAAGCGAACAUUUAAGGAAGGCAUGGAUGAGUUGCGAACCCUAAGGACAAAGGUCAAGUGUUUAGAGGAUGAACGGUUGAGAACAGAAGAUGAGUUAUCAAAAUACAGAGAACUUAUUAAUCGACAGAAGGCUGAGAUUCAUAAUUUGCUAGACAAAGUGAAAACUGUAGAUCAGCUGCAAGAGCAACAUCAAAGAGAUGAACACGAAAUGAACUCUUUGAAGGAAGAAGUGGAUAGUCUGAACACUCUGCUUAGUGAUUUCCAGAAGGACAUAGAUGGCAGCCGGAAAAGAGAAUCUGAGCUGUUGAUGUUCACUGAAAAGCUAACCACUAAGAAUGCCCAACUCCAGUCAGAAACCAACUCCUUACAAAUGCAACUUGAUAAGCUAACCUUCAUGGAGAGAGAGUCACAGAAUCAGCUGGAACUUGUUAAUCAAGCAAGAGAUGAACUGGCAAGUAAAUUGAAGAAGGAAGAAGAGCUCCACAGAAGCAAUAUCCAGAUGUUGGAGAUGGAACUGGCAUCUCAACAGAAAGCAUCUGCAGAUUUGAACACCAAGGCAGAGGAAUUAAAAGAUGAACUCAUUACGCAGAAGCGAAAGCAUGCCGCAAAUCUUAAAGACCUCACCAAGCAACUUCAGCAAGCACGAAGAAAAUUGGAUAGCCUUGAAAAUGGCAGUUGUGAUAAAGAAGUCAGCAGUAUGGGGAGUCGUUCCAGCUCAUCAGGGUCUCUUAAUGCCCGAAGCAGCAAUGAAGACCGUUCACCAGAAAACACUGGCUCUUCAGUAGUAGUUGAUCAUUUUCCUGAAGUGGACAAAACUGUCUUGAUUGAGCGGAUAGUAAGACUGCAGAAAGCGCAUGCUCGAAAAAAUGAAAAGAUGGAGUUCAUGGAGGAUCACAUCAAACAACUGGUGGAAGAAAUCAGGAAAAAAACCAAAAUAAUCCAGAGUUACAUUUUGCGGGAAGAAGCUGGCACACUUUCAUCUGAAGCAUCAGAUUUCAAUAAAGUACAUUUAAGUCGGCGUGGUGGGAUCAUGGCUUCUCUCUACACAUCCCACCCAGCAGACAGCGGACUCACCUUAGAACUCUCUCUGGAGAUCAACAGGAAACUUCAGGCGGUCCUGGAGGAUACUUUAUUGAAAAAUAUUACCCUAAAAGAAAACCUGCAAACUCUGGGAACUGAAAUAGAACGGUUAAUUAAGCAGCAACAUGAACUAGAACAGAGGCUGAAGCAAACAUAACUGAGAGCAAGACCAAAGAAGUAGACGUUCCAGCUUUGAUGAUUAUAUAAACUGGAUGGCCAGCUAUGUUUUGUUAGUCCCACAAAGUUUUAAUAAAGCAAAGUUGCUUAUGAACAACUUUGACUAGAUCCCAAUGCCUGCUUUGCUUAAACAAAUGGAGACCUUGAACUUUUCUGAACAUACUUCCAUCCAUCACUGAAACUAAAUAUCAACACUUGCAGCUUCUUCUGUUAGAGAGAAUGCAACUGCUUUGCUUUUAAAGAAGCAGCUUUAAAGAAUGGACUAGUGUACUAGGACUGGUGUGUUUGUUGUUGAUUGUUUUACAGAGGGAAGAUGGGGGUAAAAAUGGGUGGCUGUUGCAUGCGUAUUAACCCCAGUGCCUUCUAGGGCAUACAUUUUUCCCCUAAAUAUACAUGCAUUCUUGGAUAUAUUUCGAUUUGUUAUUUAUAACAUGCAUUGGGAAAGGGCUUCAUGGUAUACUUUCUUUUAAUAUACAGUUGAAAGAUAUGACAGGUAUUUUAGCAACUUGACCAAAAACAAUUUUUUAAAAUCCCUCUUGAUUCCUCAGAUGUGAAUAGUAUCUUUUUUUAAAAAAAAAAUGCUGAUAACAAAAAGAUUGAGAAAACUCUGCAGUAUAUUGACCCAAGAGGUUGAAGCCAAUUUUGUAUCUAUGGGAAGACAAAAACAAUAUAGAAUCAAUAAGCCCUCAGAUCUUGCGGAAUGGCUCUGUUCAUUGAAAUGGAAAUAACACUGUAAUUAUUGCAUGUAAGCACAGUUGACUGUAACACAUAUCUGUGCAAGUGAUUGAUAAAAUCCUAUAUGGGUAGAUGAAAGGAAAAGGAGAUUUAUCCAGAUUCUGAAGAUACUGAGGUCACCUCUAUAACUAUUUAACAAUAUUAAUCUAAUAAUGCAAAGGAUGACAGUUAUUCACCAUCUUCAUGCAUAUAGCUUCAGCUGGAAUAACAACUACCAAAUUCCCAGUGACGUUACUGGCUGGGUAUUCUGUAAGGUUUUUUUUUAAAGUUAUAUUUAUAUUCUGCCUUUCUACCCAGUUUUGUGUAGCACUCAAGGCAGCUCAUCCUAGCACACCUGGAGGAAGACUACAAAUGAGCAGUUACCCUUCAUUUGCUGCAGUGGGAGAAUAAUAAAUAAUGGUAUCUCGGCUAAGACAUAGAUGAGAGCAACUCCCCCAGUACAAAGUGUAAAGCAUUAAAUAUAGUUAAGUCUGUGAAUAAUGUUGUUGUGGAGAGAAUCAAGGCGAUGAAAACACCCUCCUUCCUUCCCUCACAGCCUGGUGCCUCCCAGAUGGAGAUUGUCACCAUGCGGUUGGCUCUGAAUAAGGGGAGUUGUAAUGAAUGAUGUCUGCAUUAACCUCUUGGAGAACAGAAAGUGAUGGUGACCUGAUACAAGCUGUAGCUUCCUUUUUUUUUAUUGCUUUGACAAGCACUAGCAUGUAUGUAUCUGUGUUUCUAAGGAGCAACAGUGCAAUAGAAAGAAGCUCAAAUAUCCUUAUGUUCUUUCUCUGGGGCCAAAGGGAAGCAAUAGAUGUUUAGGUUUGUACUUGUCCUACCUGGUAUGUUAGGCAAAUACUUAGGGUUCCACUUUUUAUCCCUGCUGCCCUUUUAGGAAGACAGGGCUUUAAAUGAAUACAUUGCCCUAACUUUUUUUUUACCCCUUUUGCUUGGAUGAAGAUAGUUGCUGUCCAAAAAUGUGUUAUUAUGGAACACUUAAAUCUUGUGUGAUUACUUUUAAACCAAGGUAGUCAGAAAGUUAAUCAAUAGUUUUCAUUCCAUCAAUAAAAUGAACUUGUUUGUGUUCAUUUCUAUUCUAUUCCCCCGUCCCUGGUAUAUGAAAGGAAGCCAGUAACAGUUUCAGGUUGCAAUAGUCCUUGUGAUUGUUUAUUCCAAAGGACCAGACUCCUUUAGAGCUGUUUACAUAGUUGCAUGUGAUGGUGCCCUUCCUUGAGAAAAGUACAGAGAUUUCAAGAGUUGCUUUGAAAAACAACAACAGCAGCAGCAUUUGAGGUUGGAGUGAUAUAAACAAAUCCUUUGUAUAAACGUGUAUAUAGUGCUAGAGUUUGUAUUUUUCUAAAAGCCGUGCUUUUCAUAUUUUUCCAAAAAUAAGACACAUGUAUAGCAGCAACACUACAACAAGCAAACAUGUUUGCUUCCGAUUCAUAAUGUUAAAUUGUACAAUGCAUCUUUAGGGUUGUGGACAUUGCUGUAUAGAAUAAAUUUAGGCUGCAGUCCUUUAUUUUCUGAGGAAAUAACCUCUGUCCAAUGCAGUUGGACUUAUUGUUGGGUAUUUUUCUGCAUUCUGUUUUACUUCAUGAUAAAGAGAUUAGGACUAAAAUAACUGAAAUAAUAGAAGUGAAUGCCCUAGUUAAUUACACAAUAUUGAUUUUAAGGAUUGAAAUCUAAGCACUGCUUGCAUGUCAAAGUAUUUUCAAAAGCAGAGUGUCUCAUGUAUAUGACAGAACUAUAUUCAUUUUCAGAGCAGCAUAUCACCGACCUUCAAAACUUUAGCCUGUGAACUAGGUCCAUGUUUGUACACUGAAUUAUUACACUGAAGAAUGUUUAAACUGCAUUCAAACCUGAGUGAACAAUCAUUUCUCUUUUCUUGAAUAAUAUGGAAGUUGGAAGCUGAUAAGUUCUUGUCUGAGUACCAAAGGGAUUACAUUGUGUAAUGCAAAAGGCUGUUUUGCAGUAACUAUCAGUCACUGCAAAGAAACUAGCUUUUCUAAAAGCACGGUUAGAAAUCUGACAUAUCCUCAGUGUGAGCAUGAUCAUCUUCUACAUGUUAGAAAUGUAUUUCAGUACACAAGCUGUGUCAGAUAUAUAACCACCUAUGUCUUGGCUUAAUAAGCCUUGUGUUUGUGCACUCCAGCCUCACCUCACUUAUCCCAAAAUGGGUAUCAGAUAACUUUUUGGUUAUCCAGUCAGCACCUAAGCCAAAGAAUAUGCAAGCAAGUUGAAAGCAGGGAAUAUUUUUCUUAAAGUUAAUGCCCUGUUUUCCCCACCUUUCCUUUUCAUAGCUUUCUUUAGCUUUCUUUCCCAUCUCUUUUUCCCCAGGGACUUGCUCUCAACCAGUUUCCAGGUUUUAUCACCGUGUGCAAAAUAUUGCCACUAUGCUCUUGAGCCUUUAUUUUGGAGACAUUUAUAGGAUCAUGGAACCUCAUCAGUCUGACAGUUUAGAAGCUUAUCCACCGGUGUUGUUUUCAUUUUCAGAGAUGACCCACAUCUUUCAAACAUAUCUUUGCUAGACUAAGAGCAAGAGACAAGUUUAGGGAGUUUUAAUGAAAACAAAGUUUCUUAGGAUGCUGAAUUCUGCUCCAGUGACAGAUGUUGUUUGAUGACUCUGUUUGCUCUGAAUAGUGAACAACUGUCAAGUUUGAAUUGAUUUCCCAUGCUAGUACAUUAAAACCAAAAUCUCCUUUGAA